AUGAGCUCCCGACCCGAGGCUACGCCCACGCCCACGCCCGCGGCGACUCCGGCCAAGGACAUGCCCGCCAAGGUCGAGAAGCAGCAGCAGCGCAAGAGUCUGACCAAGUUCUUCUCGCGGGCCAAGACGGCCCUCCGCCGAGGCGAGGCAUCUUCCAAGCGCAAGGAUGAUGGUGCCGCAGCCGGAUCCAAGCCUGCCGCUUCUGCCUCCGCUUCCGCCUCCGCCGCGACCAAGGCCGUCCCCGUCACCGCCAGACCGCGCAGCCAGCAAUACUACGCCUCCAUGCCCGGCGUCUCUCGCCUCUCCAAGGCCGAGCUGUUCGAGGAGCGGGCCAAGAAGCUAGGUGAGCGGUUCGGCCUCGAGAUCAAGGCCAGCGAAUGGCAGGACACCCGCCCCGGCGAGACGGUCCUCCGCGUCGACAAGCCCAUCCGCAUGCGCGUCCGCCGCACCUGCCACGUCUGCAACGCCAGCUUCGCCUCGGCCAAGGAGUGUCCCAACUGUGCGCACGUCCGCUGCACCAAGUGCGCCCGCUACCCGCCCAAGCGCUCCGAGGCCGAGGUCAUUGCCAGCCGGGAGAGGCGCGCGGCCAUCAUCAAGGCCAACCGCGAGAACGCCCCGAUCGUCCCCGACCACUCGCCCCAGACGGCCGCCAACCGCAUCGUCCUCACCCGCCCCGGAAAGAAUGGCGGCCAGGAUCUCGUCUACAAGAAACCCCGCCAGCGCGUCCGACGCACCUGCCACGAGUGCGAGGCCGUCUUUGCCUCUAAUAGCAAGAUCUGCGCCAAGUGUAACCACAGACGUUGCACAGACUGUCCCAGAAACCCAUCCAAAAAAGACAAGUAUCCCCUCGGGUACCCAGGCGACGAAUUCGGCCCCAGCAGCAUCCCACACUACGAAUGCGUCUCCUGCAAGACCAUAUACCCGACCGGAUCCGAACACGGGACACCCUGCAAGAAGUGCGGCGUCGAAAAAUCGGACGAGUCCCCUCGGGCCAAACCACGCAAGGUCGAUCCGGAGCCAGACCCAGAGGUUGUCAGAUCCCUCGCCGAAAAGCUGGAAGCCAUCAGCGUCUCUGCUACCUGA